AUGACGACAAUGUCCGACCAUAAUGAGCGAUUCAUGGAGACGUUUGCUCCGGAGAAAACUACUCCCAUUGAGGAGCUGGAGAUGAAAAGACAGCAGGUCAUCAUGGAGUACAACCAGAAAAUUCUAAGCGAGCUUUUGCUGGAAAACUCGCUCCGACCGGUCAGACUAAACCAUGUCACGAUCCAAGGGUCUGGUUCGCAGUUCAGAGAUACUUUUCUUGCUCGACAAUUGAGACCUUUGUUGAAACAUCCGCAUGCAUUCACACUCCAGUCGUUCCUACAGAAUGUCGACGCUACAGCAUAUAAUUUCACGAAAACCGGCUCGAUGAACGAGGUUUCUUCGAUGAUAGAUCCACAUUCCUACCGAUCACCGUUGUUGGGGAGGGACACUUUGGAAUUGACCACAUUAAUCACAGUCAAGCCCGUGAAGAAAUUAUUUAUGAAUGUCGGAACGAAUGUUGGAAACGGUGAAGGGGACGGAUAUCUGACACUACAAUGGAGAAACAUAUUUGGAGGAGCAGAGUCUUUGACUUUUGAUACUAACAUGGCUUCCAACCAAAUCGGUUCGAAAAACAGAUCCCAGUAUCUUUUAAAUUACAGCAUGCCCGUGUUCAACAGCCCAGAUUAUAAGUUCAGCACCAUGUGUUACCAUUCCUCACGAUUCAUAGACUAUACAACAUACCACGAACAGGGCGUGAGCGGAAUCACAACUAAGCUGUCUACGAACUAUCUUCCAUUUGAAAAGAGGAUCAACCAAGAGCUCUCUUUGGAGACCUUGAUCAGAUCCAUCAAACUCGAACAAUCCCCUAACGGGUACCGCAACAACUCAUUGAUAAACGACUAUUUUCUAUUCAACGCCGGAACUUCUCCUAAAACCAGCCUGGUCUAUGCAAUUUCGCAUGAUACCCGCAACCAGCCCAUAUUUCCAACGUCUGGUCACUUUGUCAAGUCGACUACAGAGUACUCGUUCCUGCCUGCCUCCAAUUUCGUCAAAACCACCUUGCAGCUUUCCCAGGCAUUGAAGCUGAACGAGUCCGCCGGUGUCAGUGUUGUGGCCAGAACAGGAUUGAUCAAGGCAUUGGGAAGCUCGCUAGUUCACCCUAUGGACAAGUUCCAGUCAGGAGGCCCUAAUGACAUUCGCGGAUUCUGGAACUCCGGAAUCGGGCCCAAACAGAUGGGUCUGAGCAUUGGAGGAGACGCAUUCUGUGGACUUGGAUUCAGUUUGUUCAACCGGGUGCCAUUUUUGUCGAGCGAGUCCAAUUUCAAGAUUCAUUCGUUUGUGAACGCAGGAAAGCUCAUCAAUCUUGAUACUACAAAGGCAGAUUGGGGCUACUCUAAUGUUUUCAAACAGAUGAAUGUUUCUACAGGAAUUGGACUGAUGUACGCACAUCCUGCUGCCAGAUUUGAGCUGAACUUCACUCUCCCUGUUGCUAUCCACCAUGGAGACGAAGUGAGAAAGGGUAUUCAAUGGGGGAUUGGACUAUCCUUUUUGUAA